AUGGUAUUUGCGGAUGGGAGGAAGAAGUCAGUCGAAGGGAUACUGGAUGUGUUUAAUGAGUUUGACAGGAUGAGUGGCUUGAAGAUAAGUAUGGAGAAAUCAGUGUUGUUUGUGGCUGGUACUUCCGUGGAGAAAAAAGAAGAGAUUCUAGAGCAGUUUCAAUUUACAACAGGUGACCUUCCGGUACGUUAUCUUUGUCUCCCUCUUCUAACGAAGAAUAUGACGAUUAAUGACUAUUUGCCAUUGAUUGAGAAGAUUAGAAAGAAGAUAAGUACUUGGACAGGGAGAUUCCUCACUUAUGCGGGCCGAUUGCAGUUAAUAAACUCAGUGAUUAUGAGUUUAACAAAUUUUUGGAUGGCUGCUUUUAGACUCCCAAGUAGUUGCAUAAAGGAAAUAGAGAGAUUAUGUUCUGCUUUUCUCUGGUCUGGUCCUGAUUUGAAUGGAAGAAAGGCAAAAAUUGCUUGGUCAGAUGUGUGUAGAGCAAAGAGUGAAGGGGGUUUGGGCUUGAGACCAUUGAAAGAAGUUAAUAUGGUAAGUUGUUUGAAACUAAUCUGGAGAAUCUUAUCGGCUAACUCCUUAUGGGUGAAUUGGGUUAAAGUCUAUCUUAUCAGGAAGGGUUCUAUCUGGAUGAUUAAAGAUAACACUCAAGCAGGUUCUUGGAUGUGGAGAAAGGUUCUCAAAUAUAGAGAGAUUGCAAAGAGUUUUUAUAGAGUUGAAGUGAGGAGUGGUGAAAAAGCAUAUUUCUGGUUUGAGGUUUGGUCUUCAUUGGGCUGUUUGAAGGACAUCUUGAGGGAGAGGGGCUGUAUUGGUAUUGGGAUCCUGAUAGAUGCUACGGUGGCUGACAGUAGAAGACAUAGAAGAAGGCACCAUCGUGAUCUUAUGCUGAACAAAGUAGAAGAGGAAAUUGAGAAGUAUAAGUUGAAUCUGGUCUAUGAGGAAGAUAUAUCGCUGUGGAGAAAUGGAAAUGGGAAAUAUAAGAGAAAAUUUUCUACAAGAGAGACUUGGAUAUGUAUUAGAGAGAGGCAUCUUGAGUGCAACUGGCACAAAGCUAUUUGGUUCAAGAAUGCCACUCCUAAGUUUUCCUUUAUUACCUGGAUAGCGAUGCAUGGAAGGUUAUCAACAGGAGACAGGAUGAGAAGCUGGUAUGAUAAUGUUGAUGCUUCUUGUGUGUUGUGCCAAGAACCGCUUGAGACAAGAAAUCACUUGUUUUUUGAGUAUUCUUAUUCGGAACAGAUAUGGAGGGAGCUUAUGAGAGGAGUCAUGCAGAACCAAUACACUUCUGAGUGGGAUAAACUAAUUGAUCUUCUCACUGGUUCUUAUAGCUGGAGUAAAAUACAGCUCUUCAUCAUCAAAUACAUGUUGCAAUCCACGGUUUAUGCAAUCUGGAGGGAGCGAAACCGAAGGAAGCAUGGUGAAACUCCUCGUCCUACUGCUCUAUUAACCAAACAGCUUGAUAAGAACAUUAGAAACAGGAUUACAAUUCAACAGAGAAAGGGUGAUAAGGAGCUCGCAGGAGCGAUGGCAGUCUGGUUUGGCACAAGAUGA